GUUCAUUUCUGUUCAUUAGAAAAGAAAUGCUAAUCGAUUAGUAGCUUACAAAUUAAAUCCUUAAUAAAAAAAAACGUGAGGUUCAAUUCUAUAUUUAAAUUCAGAGCAUAGUCAAAAAAGUAAAUUCGUUCAUGCGUAACGUAAGUACACACCUGAGUCCUAAAGUAAGGACGUAGAAGAGACUUCAGUUUUUAGGUCCAGUUCAAAGAUGUGAAACAGAGAUGUGGGGAAGUACGUGCACUUAGAAACAUUCAAAGAAUACAAUGAAGUGAUUGGAAGAUGGAGAGCUAGAACAGACCUCAAUGUUGACGUGUUUUCCUAUUUGACGUGAAAUAAUUGCUUGUGCAAUAGACUGGAGAGUCUUUAAUUAUUUAUGUCACACAGGCUUAUUACAUCAAAAAAUAAAUGAUAUUUUAACAAACUUGACGUAGGAAAAAUUCUGUAACACAGACUUGGAAUUUCUUUUUUGGUCUUGGAUAAAUUCUGUAACACAGACUUGGAAUUUCUUUUUUGGUCUUGGAUAAAUUCUGUAAUGCUGACUUGAAACAAAUAGUGUGCAAGGCAGAUAAGAAAUGCUACGCUUCUUACACUUAGCCUUUCUUGCCAUUUUGGUGUACAGAACUGAAAGUUAUCCUAAUGGCGUAGGUGUUGAUUCCUCCUGUUCAAAUAUGAUACCUCAACAUGGAAUAACGCCUCAAACAUCCUCUCCGCCUUUCUCAAUCACUUUCAACCCACAAUCCUUUUUGAUUGGACAGUCUGUGUCAGUUACUAUAACAGCAACAGGCACAGGGUUUAAGGGCUUCAUGAUGCAAGCAAGAAGAGCAGACGCCACCCAAGCCUCGGUGGGUACGUUUCAGGUUGUCCUAAACACAAGACAAGCCUGUAGCGGGCAAGCUUUGGUUCACUCGAGCAGUACAGUGAAAGCUAGUUUAACCUUCAACUGGACAGCACCUAGCACAUCUGUUGGUAGUGUUAGUUUCAGAAUCACAUACCUUCAACAAUAUGACGUAUUCUGGGCCAAUAGAGUGGCUGGACUCUUAGUAGAGACGGUGCCUACAACAACCUCAACCACAACUUCCACAACAACUCCCACUACUACAACUACUACAACAACGCCGACAACUACAACAACUCCGACAACAACAACGACAACAACAACGACAACAACAACAACAAUGACAACAACAACGCCGACAACUACAACAACGCCAACGACAACAACAACAACGCCAACGACAACAACAACAACGCCAACGACAACAACAACAACGCCGACGACAACAACAACGCCGACGACAACUCCGACAACAACAACGCCGACAACAACAACAACAACAACUCCGAUAACAACAACGCCAACGACAACAACAACGCCGACAACAACAACAACAACAACUCCGAUAACAACAACGCCAACGACAACAACAACGCCAACGACAACAACAACAACGCCAACGACAACAACAACAACGCCAACGACAACAACAACAACGCCAACGACAACAACAACAACGCCAACGACAACAACAACGCCGACGACAACUCCGACAACAACAACGCCGACAACAACAACAACAACAACUCCGAUAACAACAACGCCAACGACAACAACAACGCCGACGACAACAACAACAACGCCAACGCAGACAACAACAACGCCAACAACAACAACAACAACAACAACUCCGAUAACAACAACAACAACAACUCCGACAACAACAACUACGCCAACGACAACAACAACAACGCCAACGACAACAACGCCAAUGACAACAACAACGCCAACGACAACAACAACGCCAACGACAACAACAACAACGCCAACGCAGACAACAACAACGCCAACAACAACAACAACGCUAACGACAGCGUCUACAACAACAACAACAACAACUCCGACAACAACGACAACAACAACUUCGAUAGCAACAACAACGCCCACAACAACGAUAUUAACAUCCACAGCUCCCUCUCAAACAACAACAGUUGCAACAACAGUUCCUUCAGCUGAAUUAAAUAACGUAACAGCCAGUGAUGUCCCUAGCACACAAGAUACAAGUAAAAUAGAAGAUGUCCAGACAGCAACAGAUGAACCCAACUCCAGAACUCAACCGCCACAGUCGGGUGCCAUAGCGUAUGAAUCUGGGUGUGGCGUUACUCAAGGAUGUUUCUCAUCUUGUGCUUCCACGAGCUGCGAUUUCCUAGUCAGCUGGAAACUGACAGACACAACUGCCAUCUAUACUUUGAGAGCCACUAGUAGUGCGACUUCGGGGAUAUACAUGGCGCUCGGAUUUUCCUAUGAUAAUAAAAUGGGUAACGAUAGUGCUAUGGGUUGUGUCUAUGACAACAAAACAUUUCUGAAAUUUACAGUUUUUAAUGUUGGUGCCAGUCCUCAAGCUUUUACCGAUGAUGAAAUUCAGUUGACCAAUGCAAGUUUUAUCAACGGAGUACUGACCUGUCAAAUCACUCGACCUAUUGGGGAAAGAAAACAACGUUUCAACAUUACUUUACCAUGGCAUCUAUUGUUUGCAGUUGGAUCUGGUUUUAUCGUUGACGGGGAAGCUAGCAUUUUAAAACACAGCAAAGUUUCCAUUUCUGAAGUUCCAGUCAGCGCGGCAGCUUACUUGACCAUGGCAUCUGAAAGCCAAAUACAAGAUACUUUAGUUAAAGCGCAUGGCUGCCUGAUGGUUUCUGCGUGGAUAUUUCUUGCCAGCAUUGGUACUGUAGUAGCCAGGUUUUUUAAACCUGUGUUAACAAGCACAUUUUUUUCGCAAAAACUUUGGUUUCAGUUACAUCGACUGGCAAUGCUUCUGGUUCUUCUUGCAACUGCUUCCGGUUUCAUAAUAAUAUUCGUGAAAGAAAAAGAAUGGAGCGAUAUUGAAGAAGAGGAAACGUAUCUAGAAGGCCAUCCAAUCAUGGGAGUCAUUGUUAUGGUUUUAACUAUUUUAAAUCCUGUCAUGGCUUUAUUUCGACCACAUCUCGGCACUUCAAAACGUUGCAUUUUCAAUUGGGCGCAUUUAUUUGUUGGGACCUCUGCACAUAUUCUAGGAGUCGUUACUAUUUUUUUUGGUGUUCAGCUACACAGUGCUGACACGCCCAGGUACACCGUCAAACUUCUAGGAGCAUACGUUGCCUGGCAACUGUUUGUGUACUUGUUACUUGAGGUCAUAACACAUUGUAAGGUGAUUCAACCAAGUAAACAAGAAAUCUAUGAGUUAUACAGUGUUAGCUCUAAAACGAACAAAGGUUCAACUCAAAAUGCCAGGCAAAUGGUGGUCAAGAAUAUAAUCCUGGCUGUACAUUGUUUUGUGGUCACUGCCCUCUCUGCUACGAUAAUCGCAGUCAUAGCUGUCGGUACAUAAAAAAAAAGUUCCUCUCAAGGAAUACAUUCAAAAAUUACAUUAAGAUCUCUGAGUGACUCUAGCUUUACGAUUUGGCAAAGUAUGUAGGUCGCACCUUGGACAAUGGAAAUACUGCAUUCCUCAUUAAUCUUCAGACUCUAAGACACAUAUACAUAUGUAUAUAUAUUUAAUGUUAUUGCAUAUAUUUUUGGUCUUACUAUUGGUUAUAGGCUCUCCUUUUUGUUAGAGCCUAUUUCGGAAACGUGUAGCCUACACUUUGAGCUAAUUUCCCAUUUGAAAGAGAUGAAUCUAGAAUAAAUUCUUUAAUUUUGUAAUUCAUUAUUCAAAAAUGAAAAUUCAUUUUAAGAAAUACAUUAAACUCUCUAUCUAUCUUGGCGUAAUUGGAAUCUGACAUUAAUUUUUUUUUAGAUCAUUAAUGAGAAACUUUAAUAUAUAAGAGCUGUUUAUUUAGGACCCAGCAGGCUUUAUAUGUGAGGAUUGUACUUAAGUUGAAAAAUUAGCAUAACUUAUCACAUUAUAUUCCCUAUAUGUAGCGUUUCAUUAGCAAACAUUCAGAAUGUGCAAUGUGGUUUUUGUUGGUGGCCACAAUGUUGCGGUACAUAAUUUUUUUUUUAAAUAUGGAAUGCUUGAGAAUAUCGUUACAAAUUAUUGCCGUGUAAAAAAUAUGGUAAGGCCCAGCACUCCGUUAAGAGAAACAUAAUCCUUUAAUUGUAGUUAUCCCCCGUGCACAAACUGAGAGUACAUUUUCAUUGUUAUUGACUCGAGUUUGUUUUUUUUUGUUUUUUUUUUUAAAUCUAUAGAUCUAGUUUAGAGUUAUUAAAAAAAAAAAAGAAAGAGGAGAUGAUGGAGGCAGGUAUAGAUCUGUAUAGAAAAUCAUAUUUUAUGAGAUUCCGGUGCCACUUUCACUAAAUUUCCUGGUGUUUUUUUUUAAUGUAUACCUCCCUCAACUUAAUAGUUUGAUAAACUACUUGUAUACGUUUGGCGAAUGCCUUAGAUACAGGGGUUUCAGAUUAUUUUGUAUUAAAGCUCAAAUAAGUACGCAUUAUAUCCAAUCCAAUACUUACCUACUGUUCGUACUCCUAAUUAUUUAAAUAUGGAAAUAAACUGCUUAAUAAU